ACGAGGGGCGCGCGCAGUCGGCGGUGUCAUGGCUCCGAGCGCGCAGGCGGGGGGCGGCCGCGGGCAGGCCCCGGGCCCGGGGCUCCGGCAGGGCAUCCGCGCCGUGCUGCUGGGGCCGCCCGGGGCCGGCAAGGGCACGCAGGCUCCGAAGCUGGCCGAGACCUACUGUGUCUGCCACCUGGCAACCGGGGACAUGCUACGGGCCAUGGUGGCCUCGGGGUCCGAGCUGGGCAAGAGGCUGAAAGAGACGAUGGAUUCCGGGAAGCUGGUGAGCGACGAGAUGGUGGUGGAGCUGAUUGAGAACAACCUGGACUCCCCUCCCUGCAAGAACGGCUUCCUCCUGGACGGCUUCCCGCGCACGGUGAAACAGGCUGAAAUGCUGGAUGAGCUCCUGGAGAAGAGGAGAGAGAAGCUGGACUCAGUCAUUGAGUUCAGCAUCCCCGACUCCUUGCUCAUCCGGAGAAUCACUGGACGGCUGAUUCACCCGGCGAGCGGCCGCUCGUACCACGAGGAGUUCAGACCCCCAAAAGAGCACAUGAAGGACGAUGUGACUGGAGAGCCCCUGAUCCGCCGCUCGGAUGACAACGAGACGGCCCUGCAGACGCGCCUGAAGGCCUAUCACACCCAGACCAUCCCCCUGGUCUCCUACUACAGCAAGCGAGGGAUCCACACGGCGGUGGAUGCCUCCCAGUCUCCCGACGUGGUGUUUGCCAGCAUCCUGGCAGCCUUCUCCAGAGCCACAUCUGAGUGACUCCGUGAACCAGAUGAGAGACCAUCAAAUGCUGCACACUCUGCUCCAGCACCCAUUGCAGCCCUCCCCUGGGUGCAGGGGAGGCAGGGAGGGCAGCUGGGAGGGGGUUACCAUUGAUGGGAGGGGGAUAAGGAGGUGGUAGACAAGGGGCUUGGGGGGCUGAUUUGGGUGGUUUUUGUUUGGAUUUCUUAACUUAGCAGAAUCAUUGUGGAGAGGAGAUGGCAUUCUCCUUAGAAAUUUACAGGUUGGGGAGGCAGAACAAAGGUACAGAGUGAAACUUCCCUGCCAGUGAUCAAACGUGGGUCCUUGACCUGUUAAGAGGGCAGGGCUAGAUGACAUUCCAGGAUUUUCAGGGCUUGUCUCAGGGGCUCUUGGUACUCUGAGGCCACUUCAAGGUGUGCUGUGAUUUUAAUUAUAUUUCCCUAAAGCUGCUUCCUGUCAGUGAGGACCAAAAGCAAACAAAUGCCUCAUUUCUGAAAUUGAAAGAGAGGGGGGGAAAAAAAAGAUGCCCGUGGUCUUUUCCUGGAAGAUUUGCUUGUCUUGUUCUGCUGCAUUCCUAAACCCUGGCAUAGAGACUUCUCAAGGUUUCUCUGCUGCUGAACAGAGGGGCUGUGGCUCUAGUCCAAGCCUGCCUUACUUGGCCAUGGGGUGGCUUUCCUGGGAUCUUGACCAAGCUGGAAUUCUUGCAAUGCUGAAGAAAUGCAAAAGAGACUUCCUUAACUGACUGCAAAAAACAAAAAGUAACACUUAAUCGGGGGGUGUUUUUUUGCAUUUCUUUUUUUAGAUCAAAUGGUGCCUUGUCUAUCCUCUGAAUCAAUAAUAAAAUAACCCCUUUACAUUUUG